AUGCGUGAGAUCACUUUGCGCAUGAUCAUCGAAUGAUUCCGUUUCGCGACAGCAUGUAUAUCAAGCGAGAGAGUCGUAUUAGAAACAUCGACCGAGACACAUGUGUAUUAUUAUUUUUGAGUUGACCUACCUGCCUCGGGUUAAUAUCGAGUAUAAGACUCUAUUCGUGAUGUUAAAAUCGCGAAAAAAGUAGCUAUCGAAAAUAAAGAUAGAAUUAAAGCUACAUAAAUGGAGUGUAAUACAGGUAUCGAUUAUUGCACAUUUUUCACAUAACGAUUUUAUUAGAGGGUAUAUUACAUCGAUUCAAUUUAGUCAAAGCUUCAACAAAUUGAAAUAAUGACAAAGAAAGCACGGAAAGCGUUAGAAAAAGAACAGGCGGCAACUGCGGCUGCAGAAGCUGAGAAACUUAGGGCGCAGAUGAUUAAAGACAUGCAUGAGGAAAUUCGACUAGAGAAAUACAAUGUGGAGAGACAAGCCUUGCUCGAGGAACAAGAAGCGGAGAUGCGUAGAAUUCAAUUCGAGGAAACGCGACACGCACUUUGCGAUUAUAAAGAUGCAUUUGUGAAUUACAUAGCGGCCACUGAAGCAGAGGAGAAUUGGACUCGAUAUAUGACGUGCGACGGAUUGCCAGAUCCCGGAAGUUUAUCCGAAAUGAAUACCUAUAUAUUUUUGUGGUCCAUGGAAGAUGAGAAGGUUGAUAUGAGCAAUUUUGUCGUGAGAUACAAUACUAUCAUUUAUCUAUUAACGAAACUCGAUGAGAUAAUACAAUUCUCCGUAAUGAGAUCGUCCGAUUACGUAACCGAAUGCGAGACGAUCAGACAACGAUUCCGAGACAAACUUCAAGAAUGGACAGACGCGGCCUGCUACUCUCUCUUACGUCAGAUAGAGAAGGAUAAUGUCUCCGAUCAGAUUAUUUACUGCGUUUGGGCUCUGAUCAAAUUGCCCAUCGGACUUAAACAGGUCACCGAUAAGGAUCGAAAAUCGAUCGAAGUGCAUUUCGAGGAAUUGGAUCUGACUGUCAAAAUGCCUCUCGACGUCGAUUGCUACUGCAUGGCGAUUCGGGCAUUGUGGUUAAAACAUGAUCAUUAUUCCGAUUGCGCGAGUUCGUAUGUCUCGCCGAGACUACCGGAUGAAUAUGAAAAUAUUUAUAUUAUAGAUUUCCCUACUUUCUGCCAAAACGAGUAUGACACGAAAUUAAAGAUUCGCGAAGAGCAGGUCGAGGAUCGUCGCUUGAGACUGGAGGAGAAGAAAGCUAUACUUGAAAGGAUGGAAAACCCACCGGUUCAGGCGCCUACAAAACCCGAAAGGAAAGGGAAACAGCAAAAGAAACCGGGCGUCUCAGGAGCGAAACGCCCGGAACCGGAACCGGAAACAGAACAGCUACCGUAUCUACCUACACCGGACGAGAUCAUUUUGCAAAAAGAGGACGAAAUGCGAAAGGAGAUUAGAAAAUUACUGUUUACUCGAUGCGAAAAGACGGAGAUCAAUUUGCGAAAAUACAGGAUACUUGGCGGUGUGUUACACAUCGAUUUAGUUUAUCAGCCGCCGCAACCCAAGGACAUGAGCAGAGAAAUCAUGCUCACCACCUUACAAAUUCCCAAAAAAUUGAAAUUCGUACCAUUCUAUAAACCGUACAAGGCGCCACCGGCGGCACCCGAUUCUGAAAGAACACCGGAAGUGAUCGAAGCAGAGAUGAAAGCUCUGGAGACUGCGAUGGAGGCAUUAGUUCUGGUAACUUUAAAACUUCCCAGUUCUAUUAUUUGGUUUGAACCACCAUUAGUGGCUCACUGGAUACCCGAAAAAAAAUUAUGGUCCACUCAAGACGUGCACGAUAUCAAAUAUAACGAAGAAAAGCAAACUAUCACAUUUAGAACCGGCAGAUUAGGCGUUCACGGCCUCGCUGCUCUCAAGUUCGUCAACAUCCCCUUCCAAAGUUGGGAGCUCAAGCCUGAAAUGGGCAGAAAGGCCUGUGGUGGAGUUGUCCUCAAUAUAUCUGCUGCCAUUAUUCAAGCAGAAUUCAUCGUCAGGGAGGACCUGGUCUGUCUGAAUUCGCUGGCUGGAGGUACAUCGACGACGCUCAAAGAAAUGCUUGGAGAAUAUAUGAAACUGCAUCUUUUAAUUGAGAAAAUGCGCGAUGCCGGAUGCGAUCUGUUUCCGGAGCGAGAUGCGUUCAGUUAUGUGAAGGCUCUUCCAGUGAAGCAUCCAGCCACGGAGAAACAUUUGCGGGAAUGUAUCGCUUUACUUUGCACGACGUAUACGUUUUCCUGGUCACGCUGGAACGCCGGUCGAAAUUCCAGAGAGAUCGUGAUACAGUUCAAAGAACAUCACGGAUGCGUCGCGAAAGAGCGAACGAACUUGACUCUUCUGGUGACUCCCUCGCGAACGAUGACAGUAUCCUGUACCGAAGUGAGCUCAGAAUUUUCCGAUGUACCUCUGGAUGGUGAGAAUUCAAAGUUUUAUGCUGAUCUAUAUCAUUUGGCGCUACAAAACGCCGGGAUCAAAAGUCGGCUUUUGAUGAAGAACGUUUCCUUCAAACUUGCCAGUACUAUCACGGAACUUCUGGGUUACACUAAUGUAAUCAACAUGUCAUCUUAAAAUGUGUUUUUGAAAAUAAAAAAAUUAAAGGUA